AUGAAAACUCCUUCAUAAAUAGAUUAAUAAAAUUCAAAUAUAAAGAGUUAACAUCAUUAAUUACUUGAUGAAGAAUCCGAAAAAAUCAAUAAGAGAAUAAUAUUGGAGAUAGAUAUUGAUUAGAAUAUGUGUAAGAAAUAAACUUAAAUAAUACUUAAUGAUAUUCCUAUUUAUUUUCCUCGUUAACCUUAUGAAGUAUAAAAGAUUUAUAUGGAAAGUGUGAUAAAAUCAUUAAAUAAAAAGUAAAAUGCAUUGUAAAUUAUUAAAAUCAAUUAAGAUUAGAUUGGAAUCACCAACUGGCACAGGUAAAACUUUAUCUUUACUUUGUGCUACAUUAGCAUGGUUAACAAAGAAUAGAAAAGAUCAAUUAAAUACUGAACAACCUAAAAAUAUUAAAAUUAUUUAUUCCUCUAGAACUCAUGCACAAUUAAAAUAAGUAGCAAUGGAAUUAAAGAAAACUGUUUAUAAACCUAAGAUUUCAAUGUUAGGAUCAAGAGAUUAAUAUUGUAUAAGAGGUGAUUUUAGUAUGAUUAAAGGAAAUAUUUUAAAUUAAAGUUGUCACAAAUCAAUCAAGAUGAAUCAAUGUUAAUUUUAUAGAAAAGAUCAUCUAAACAAAUUUGCUUAUAAUUAUAGUACAUUAAUUAAUAGUUUGGAAGAAACAAGAUAAUUUGGUUAAAUAAAUAGAUUAUGUCCUUAUUAUUUUGAGAGAGAACGUCUUGAUUUUGCUGAUUUCAUAUUAAUUCCUUACAAUUAUUUAUUAGAACAGGAUUUUUAAAAUAUUGUUGAUAUUGAAAAUUCUGUAUUAAUAUUCGAUGAAGCACAUAAUGUACAAUCAGCUGCUGAAGAAGGUUCUUCAUUUUUUAUAACUCAUAACAAUAUUAUUGAAGCUGAAAAAGAUCUUAAAAAAUGGAUUGAUGAACUUGAAUCAGUAUCAGUUAUAUAGGAUCAAUUAAAAACUAAAUUAAAUUUAGUCAAAAUAUUAUAUAAUUUAAAAGAAUAUAAAUCUAUUUUGAUUACUAUUAAAGUAUUUGCUUAAUAUUUAGAAAAAUUAAAAAAAAGAUAAGAAUUUCAAUAUAAAGAAUCUGAUGAAAAUUAUUUAAUUAUGAAUGGUCGUUAAAUUUAAUUUAUAAUUUUUGAAAAUACUUAAGAUAAAGAUAACACUUUUCGAUUAUGGUCUGAUAAUUCAUAGACUAAUUAUGCAAAAGGUGUAAAUAAAAAUAAUUUUGAGAAAUAUUUAUAACAUUGUUCAAUUUUAAUUGAUAUAAUGAAUGAUUUAUCAUCAAAUUAAGGUAAUUAUUUUGAAUAUUGGUAUAAAUUUAUGAGAAAUGUUUAUAAUUUAAUAAAAAUUGAAAUUAAAAGAGAAAAAUAAAAACUUUCAUUAGAAUCUUUAUCAAAUGAGUUUAAUUAAUAUAGUUUAGCUUUUAUACUUGAUUAAUCUAAUCAAUUAUCUAUUCAUAUGUGGUGUCUUGAUCCUUCACUUGCAUUUUAAAGACUUAGUAAAAAAGGUUUCCAUUCAAUGAUAUUAACAUCUGGUACACUUACUCCAAUGACAUCAUGGACUUGUGAAUUAAAAUAAGCUUUUGAUAUAUAAUUAGUCAAUGAACAUAUUAUUGAUCUUGAUAAACAGGUUAGAGUUUUUUAACAUCAAUCUUUUGAUUUUUCUUAUAAUUAAAGAAACAAUGAAGAAUAAAUUGAUAAAUUUGGAAUUACUUUAUUAAAAUUAUGCUAGAUAAUUCCAAACGGUAUACUUGUUAUAUUUUCAUCCUAUACUUUGAUGAAUAAAUAUAAAAAUGUGUGGACAUCUAAUAAAUUAAUAAAUCAAUUAAAUUAAAUAAAAUAAUGUUUUUGGGAAAUUAAAUCAAGUACUGACAUGCUACAAGUUUUUGAAAAAUAUAAAGAAAAAGCUAAAUCAGGUGCUAUAAUGUUUGCUAUUCAUAGAGGCAAAGUAACAGAAGGAAUAGAUUUUUCAGAUGAAUUAUGUAGAGCAAUAUUUUUGGUAGGAGUCCCUUAUCCAGCUAAAUUAGAUAAGAGACUUCUAGAAAAGAUGGAUUACUUAGAUAAAUUAUAUAAUGAUCCAGAAUUUAGUAAUUAAUAAAGAAUAAAAAGUAGUGAAUGGUAUAUCUAAUAAGCAAUUCGUACUACAAAUCAAGCUAUGGGAAGAGUCAUACGGCAUAAAAAUGAUUAUGGGUAAAAAUAAAUCAUAAUUAUAGUAUUGUUUUUCUAUGUGAUAGAAGAUUUGAAGAAAAAGAUAUGAAAUUAGGAUUAUCAAGAUGGAUAUAACCAGCUAUUUAACCUUGGACCAAUAAUAAUGAUUUAAUCAAAUAAACAAAAGAAUUUUUCAUUACAAAUAUCUCUAAUUAAGAAAGAUAUAGAAAAGAAUAAAUAGAUUAAAAACCCUUAGAACAAAUAGAAGUCAAGAAAAGAAGAAUUCAAUUCUAAGGUCUACAAAAUGAAGAUGAUUAUUAAAAGUUAAGAAAUGUAACCUAAGAAAAAAUGAGUAGAUACUAUGAAACGUUAACAGAAAAUUAAUCUACAAAUAUAAAAAGUUAUGAUAAUAAUGUUUAUCUACCUGAAAAAUAGUAUUAACUAAUGAUUAAUUCAAACUCAUAAAAAGAGUUUGAUAAAUAAUACUAAUAAUCAAAUGAUAAUCUUACUCAAAUAUAAUAAAUAUCAUCUAAAAGAUGUUUUAAUAAUGAUAAUGAAUAUCAAUAGAAAGAAAAAUUUGAAAAGAAGAAGUUAUGUAUGACAUUGAAAAACUAAAAAUGA